CGGGCAGGUGGAGCUUGGGUCUGGGAGAGGGUCAGUCCCGCGAGACUGACUUCAGGAGGUGAAAUCUCAGCGCUGACACGGUUUGAGAGAGGUCGCCGGGCGGAGCUGGUCGAGGAGCCGAAGGGUGUUCAGGGGCCGGUGGGGAGAAGCCGGCGCUCGUGCGCAGUCUCCGUGCGUGUGUUUGGGGAGGCAGGUGUGCGGAGCUGGCGGGGGGAGGAGAGUGGGCCCGCGCUGCCCACUCCGGGGAGCCACGCAGUGAGGGGGCACGUGCAGUGAGGAGGUGGCCAGCCCACCCUGCGCAGAGUUUCCUGGGAGCCGUCUCCUCGCAGCGGAGGCCAGGGACCUGGGCUCCGGGACAGUGACUGCAGUGGCGCCCGAGGCAGGCCGUGGCCAGCGGGUGGAGGGGGGCUGCGUGGCGAGGCUCUCACAGGGACCUCGGACCUUUACAGCCUCUGUGGCAGCUGUCUUUGUUUUUUGGAGAUUUUGGUACUAAGUCAUGUCUAUGCCCCAAUGCGGGUCUAGGAAUCAGGGCCGAGAGUCGCGGGCUCCAGUGACGGAGCCAGCCAGGACCAGCGGGGGCCAGCGGGACCCCAGCUGCCUGGCAUCAGGGCGCAGAUGUGGGGUCCUGUGACACCGGAGCCCGGGUCCUGCGGAGCCUUCAUGCCCAGAGCUGGCUCUCGCUGGUGUCACGCUGACAAAGAACGCCCGAGACCUUGUCCUCCCCCUGAGCAAACAGCCGCACCUUCUCCAGCCAACAUCCACCUCCCCUUUCCACUCCCUAGACCAGUCACCUGGCCACGCCAGCUGCACCUAAUGGCAAUCCGGUGUUUCUCGGAAGGAGGGCCCUCGUCACCUGUCCCCCACCCCGUGUUCCCGACACAGGAGCGAUGUAUAAACCGGCACCCUGGAAAGGGAGCCGUCCACCAGCCGUCUGUCCAGACACCCUGGGAAACCACCCAGAGUGUCGGCGGGAGACACUGGGGUGGAGCACAGGGGAGCUUGUUGCGAGGAGGACCAGGCAAGCGGUUGGGGAUGCGGGCGUGAGAAUGUUUAAGACCAGUACGGCCGUGUGGCUGCUCUUUGGAGACACUUGGAAGGGAAGGAACCGGCCUUCAGACUUUGCACGGGCUCCUGGCCUGCUCUACGCACCCCGUUGUUUCUCUUUCUCUUUCACUGGGGAAUCCACCUAACCCUGGAAAGGAUGUCCGUUGAGAGAGAGACUGGCUGACAGGGACACGGAUGCACACGGCUGUACUCGAUGGCAGCAGCCAAAUUCUUCACGGUGGCCACCAGCCUCCUGCUGUCCGUGUGGGAGAGGACGCGCCACGUUCUCUCUGCUGCAGGCACGUCAGGGAACACCACCAACUCCAAAGUUUAUGAUGCCCUGGCUUCCGGCCAUGACACUCUGGCCUUUUAACUUUGAGCUGGGCAAACACAGAAAGCUCGGGAUAGGAAGAUAGAACUGGUUUUGGCAUCGCCUGCUUCCUCCCGACGUGUGACAGAUAGAAAGAGAGCUUGAGAAGCGAGAGGGUGCGUGUCAAGGCCGAGCAGAGAUCUCUGCCUUGGGGUGCCGUCGGGCUGGGGCUCGUAGGGAGCGGGCAGUUGCCUGACGUCGGAGGGCCGAGUCGUGCCCUCGCCGCUGCCCAGGGGCUGUGUCCCUCCAGCCGGGCCUUCUUAUCUGGACCGUCUCUGUGCAGCCCCCAAAACCCCGCUGGAGACGGAGGCCCUGCGGACAGGAGGCCGGCAGAGGCCAUGGCCCCUCUGUGGGAGGACGGCCAGGGGGAGGGCGUCUGCCCCAUCUGCCAGGAGCUGCCGAAAGAGGCCGUGAGCACGGACUGCGGACACCUCUUCUGUCGAGGGUGCCUGGCUCAGCACGUGGCAAAGGCCUCAGCUUCCGGGGUGCCCUGCUGUCCCCUGUGCCGGAAGCCCUGUUCCGAGGGGGUGCUGGGGGUGGCCCACCUCUGCCCCCGCCACCAGCAGAAGGUGUUCUACUUCUGCGAGGAGAGCAGACGUCUUCUGUGCGUGCAGUGCCUGGGGUCACCUGAACACCAGGGGCACCACGAGCUGACCCUUGAGAGUGCGGUCAGCCACUACAAGGAACGGCUGGGCCGCAGGAGCAGGAGACUCCGGAGAGACCUGAGGGAGCUCCGCCGGCUCCAGGCACAGCAGGAGGAGCAGCCGUGGGCAGGGCAGGUGGGGCGCGGACACCCCGUCCUGGCCACUGGGUGCCUGGAGCAGCUGUGUUGGGAGGGGUCCUGGAGGCCAGAAGCCCGCGUGCUGGGCUCGGCCGCGGCGUCCGCGGGCUGGGAGACUCGGGUCAAGGGCAGCCCUGGGCCCGUCGUGUGUUUACACGUGCGCCGGAGGCCGGUGCCGUCCAUGCGGCUCGCCCAACCACAGGCCUUUGUCUCCGACGGCGGGCCUGUCCGUAAAUGUGGGGCCUCUCCUCACACUGUGACGGGCGGGGAGCCCGAGGCCCGCGGUGGGACAACGCAGCGGGGCAGGCUGUGCCACCAGAGCAUGGGGUGGGGGCAAGAGCACCCAGGCACCAGCGUUGUCGCGGGAAUAUCCGACGCUGAGCCUCAGGGAAUCUGUUUUCCGCGGGUCCAGGCAGACUGUGGGGCCCCCAGGCUGGAGGCUGAGCUGGAGAGCCAGCAGCAGGACGCCCUCGACGGGCAGCGGCCGGACCCGCAGGGGAACACGCCGGCGGCCAGAAUCCCGGACAUCUUGCGGGCCAUAGCACAGCUCAGCAGCCUGGUCACAGCUUUGGAGAAGACCAUCCAGGGGCUGGGCGCGGACACCCUGAAGGAGGCCAGCGAGCUGCUGGACAGGAGCGUGCCAUAGAAGCUCGAAGCCCUCUACCUCCAGGUGGAGAAAAGAGCCCGGACGUCCCUUUCGCCCCCCUCAGCAGCUCCGGCCUGCUCGUUCCCGGGCCACCUCGUCCCAG